CGCCUUAUUCUAACUUAUCGAUAUGUGGGCAGCCAAACUGAUUGUGGUCACACUGCUGCUGCUGCAUUUGACAGCCCUGGCGCUCAGCUGUUCGUGCGGCGAAGAGGCGAAUUUGGAGUGCGGUUGCACAAAACAUCACUAAAAACACAAAUACUUGGAAAUAUUACACAAAUUAUUGUAAAUAGAUAGAAAUUCACAAUUUAGUUAAGAUGGCGGACAUAACGGCAACCAGCGAAGGUAGUUCUAACACCAGUGAGGCAGUAGUGGAGCAUCAGCAGCCAACUUCGGAGUUUUUGCAGCGCAAAAUCUAUUUUUUGGUGGACCAAUUGCGAACUUACCAUUCGGAACUACCCGAAAACCUGCAGACUCGCAUUUCCUAC